UCUCUAAAUCAUUACGAAACGGUAUAAAAACCUUCCCACUUUCAUUCCCAACCUCCUCAACGUCAACACGAAAUCUCCCAUUUCUACAGCGAGAAGAGUUUCAAAGCUUCAUCAGUUUUGUUCCCAAAAUACCCCCACGUAGGGUUUCGACGAUGAGCAGCUCCGACGAGCAGAUCUCCAAGGCCUUCUACGAGCUCUCCGCCAUCCUCCUCUCGAUCCUCCCCUCGCCGCCUGGAUCCGGUCCUCCGCCACGGCGGAUCCAGGCGGUGCCGAGAUCUCCGUCCGCGAGGCGGAGCCAGAUGACGCCGGCGGCGUUCGCUUCGCUCUUGCUGGGCGUUUCGUUCGCUAUGAUGCUCUCUGGAUCGGUGACGUUCGUGAUUGGGAUUAUGCUGAUGCCUUGGGUGCUAGGGUUUGUGAUGGUGUUGUAUUUCGUCGGGAUUGUUUCGAGCUUGUCGGCGAUGCUUUUCCCUAGCUCGUGGGUGGCGGGAUCCAGAACAAGUCCCAAGGAGAUCCACGGCCACCUCUUCUCCAAAGUCAUUUAAUAUCACAAGAAGAGCAACAGUUGGCACCGGACCACUCUAUGCAACAGUUAGAAUGGUGAAUUAUGACACGGUCAUGGAGCACACUUGGUAAGCCCUUUUGGGUUUUGACUCAACCAGACGCAAGGGCUUAUUUUAUUUUAUUUCUCUCUUUUUCUUUUCUAUGAAAGGUCGAACUUUGUCUAUAUUGCUUCUUCCUCUUCUAGAGGGCUCUUUCCUGAUUUCUUUCUGCUUGUAUAGAUGCAAAUUGUUAUACAGCUUGCUGUAUUUGCCAGAAAUAUUAUACGUCCUUUGACAUCUUCAGUGGCCUUCCUAUCGGUUUCACUGCUAAAAUGUAGUUUUUCUGGUAUAUAUACAAAUCAGGCAAAUACAUCUCAACUAA